CCUCCCCAGGCAAUCUGCUGCACCCUGGUGGACUGUGGCUGUAAGAGCUUCAAACCGGGGAGGCUGAGAACACGGCAGUGUGACCUCUGCCGGCAUGGAUGGGUAGCUCACGCUCUGAGCAGGCUGACAGCAGAGCAGCAGGUCGGCCCGGUGGAGGCAGUGCGGUCUGGGACGGCCUUUGACGUCUGCAGCCUGAUGCUCUUCGGCACCCAGGCCGUCCCAGUGCGGCUCAAGAUCCUGUUGGACCGGCUGCUCAGCGUGCUGCGGCGGGACGAGGUGGGGCGCAUGCUGGCCACGCUGGGCUGGACGCUGCAGGACUACAUGCGCGGAUACAUCCUGCAGGAUGUCACGGGAAAGAUCUUGGACCGCUGGGCGAUGAUGACCUUCGAGGAGGAGGUUGCGACACUGCAGCAGUUCCUGCGCUUUGGUGAAACCAGGUCCAUCGCGGAGCUCAUGGCAGCCCAGGGGGGGCUGGCUGGUCCCUUGUCUGAUCACAGCAGUGAAUUAUACAUGGGGGCCACCCCCGAGAACAGCGACCCCUGCUGGCCAGGACACCCUGCUGCUGCCAGGAAGGAGCCUGCUGGGGAAAGGCAUCCCUUCAACAUGACGUUGCUCACCAACAUGACCUUUAUGUUUCCUCUCCACUACCUGAGCUCAACACCCACCCCACUGCCAUGCUCCUCCCCUACUGCCAGGCUGUUCCAGCCAGGGCCAGGCCCGAAAGAGGAAGAUCCAGACACGAAGAGCAACUUUGUUCUUUUUACCCCAGAAGAGGAGAGGAACCGCCAACCUGCUCCAGCCAAACUAGCUGUCACCGCUGCUUCGGAAACCCCUUUGACCUUUGACCCCAUGCACAUAUUCCCCAAGAAGAAGACUAGAGCCACGGAAAAUAGCAGCAACAGUGGAAGUGGCUUCAAGAAGGGCAGGGUCUUCUGCAGCACCUGCAAGAAGACCUUCUACGACAAGGGCACGCUGAAGAUCCAUUACAAUGCCGUGCAUCUGAAGGUGAAGCAUUGCUGCACUGUACAGGGCUGCAACAUGGUGUUCAGCUCAUUGCGCAGUCGCAACCGACACAGUGCCAACCCCAACCCGCGCCUGCAUACGCCCUUGAACCCCAACACCCGGAUGGGGACCCUAAGGGAUGGCUCGCACACCAGUGCACCACUAGGUGGAGAGAAGAGAUCCAAUAUGAAUAAGAGAUUGAAUAUGGCUCCUAUCUGCCCCCCAAAACAGGCCACCCCCACUGAGUACACACCUCAUGUCUCUGUCCCCAAGCCACAGGGCCAAAGCGAGACACUGUCCACAAAUCUGAGGACAAAACAGCCAACUGUGCGCCUCCACUGCAGUGACCUUGGUUUGCCGGUGGAGGGUGCAAUCACGCUAGGUGUCCACCCCUCCCAACCUAGUGUGAUCUCAUCAGGUCCUGCGGAUCAACAGCGUGCCCUCGGCCCUGUAACAAAGAAGAAGCCUCGUAAGUCAAGCAUGCCCAUAAAAAUCAAGAGGGAGAUCGUGGAGAGAUGUUCAGACAACAAGGUGGCCACUGUGCGGGAGAAUCUGGAUCUGAGAUUAAGCACAGAACUGAGCAUCAGCAUGGACACUGCAUCCUCUGACCCCACCAGGAAUGAUCGUCUUAGUAAACUGCCACAAAUACAUGGCCACAAGUGCAGUGCCUGUGAGCAACUGGAGAACCAGGCCCAUGCUGAGGAUAAGUGCCAGACAACCUCAGAGGGGCUGUUCAGAAUAUUAACCAAUCACAUGCAAGGCUCCGAGGCUUACACCAAGGACAGCAUUGGUGACCUCCCUCACCUGGUGUGCCUCUGCCAAGGAAAUGCACCCAACCAUUGCAUCAAGUCAUCCGAAAGCUCAUACACAAUUAGGACACAUUACUGCAGCGCCUGCGUAGAGCAGAUGCACCUAUGCGCCAUGCACUGCUGCACUGCAGUCGAUCCCACCUGGGGAGGCAUGCGCAGGUGAGACCUGCCUCAUUACCCAAAUAUGGAUGUCGUCUGCGCCUGCUUUCACACGGACGACACAAUCGCUCCACUCCAGCCGCCAAGGACUCCACUGCGCAGCUGCCCUGGUUCAGCUGCAUCUCUGUGACUCCCGUAGGAGUGGGGUGCCUGGGAUUGGUGGAAUCGGCUGGAUCCUGCAUCAUCUGGUAGCCAGCAGUGGACACUUCAGGCUAAUGAAGUACAGGGGUGUGAAGAUCCCAGGGCCUAGCAAUACUCCUUGCAUCAGGAGCAGAACCUCCUCCAGCAUCGCCACGGCAACAGCGUAUGGGUUGUAUGUUAAAAAAAUCAUAUCAAAGUUUGUUUACUUAUUAAAUCUACAACUUUACAGGAAACAGCAGCAGACGUAGGCAAUAAAAUAAGCUCGCAGUCAAGUGAAA